UCGCGAAAGCUGCCGCUAGCGCGGAACCAUGGAGAAGAUCAAGAUUAUUAUCAUGAGUGCCAACUGUCACUCUUGGUAACGGGCGUCGAUGAAUGGUUUUGGACUGGAUAUUGCCUCGUCGAUACCUAUUACGGAAGCGAAGAAGAAUGGAGCACCUACUUUGAGGGAGAUGAUAGUAGCGAACCCGCUACAGGUGGUGCAAGCACCCUCCAGUACCCUAUUUGGAAUCCACGCGAAUAUUUCUUAGCAGUGUUAGCGCGCCGAAUGGCACAAGCAACACUGGAAUGGAGGGUAUUGGUAACGGCUUUUAAGGAGCGUAUGGAAGACUACGAGGACGAUAGCCUCCUUGCAUUUGUCGAUGAUACAAGCCUUACUCGCACCAAACAGUUGAUGCUAGCCGUCUCAUCUAUACGCCGCUUCCGCGAUUCUCUGGCACGCACAAUCAGCGCCUGGGAUACGUUUGGGCAACAAAAAAUACUUCAUCUGGAAACGACAGGGAGCCAUGCUCUCCGCCAAAAAUGGGAGGAGUACAUUGAAAGUGUGCGUAGUAACAUCUCAGAGCUCAAAUCACUUCACCUCAUUCUAUCCCAAAAACUGGAUCUUUUCAACAGCAUGCGUGAUGGCCUCGUCAAUGCGUCGUCACUGAAGGAAAGCGCCGAUUCCACGCGCCAAGGCGUAGAUAUUGGCAUUCUGACCAGAAUGACAGUGCUUUAUUUGCCCCUGUCAUUAGCAACAAGCGCAUUUAGCAUUGCCAUGGUUAGCGACGACGUCUCAUGGAUCUGGUAUGGCGUGGUAAUCGUCUCGAUUACCUUGUUAACUCUCUUCGCUGCCGCUAAUCCAAGGGCCUUGGACUUCAUCUUUUACCUGCCUCGGAAUAUCCAGCAGGGAACAACAAAGAUGUUCGCCAUGCUCAGAGACAAAUAUCGGACCCGAUUCUCAUCAUAG